AUGGAGCUUCGGGGUAUUCUAAUUCUGGCGGCAGCUCUCCUGCCGGUUGGCGUCAUUGCUGCUCCAUUGGAGGCUGCAUGGGAAGCGGAAGGGGAAGCGCAGCAUGCAAUAGAGUUCCACGCCGACACAACACCUGAGCAGUCCACUAGAACGUCGGAGCAGCAGCAGCAGCAGCGGAAGCUUCACGGCAGGUUCCUGCAUAUUACAGAUUUCCACCCUGAUCGCCAUUACAAGGCACACACAUCCACAGAAGCCGGCAUUGCAUGCCAUCGGGGCAAAGGACCAGCUGGGUACUAUGGCGCAGAAACUUCCGACUGCGACUCGCCUUACUCCCUGGUCAACGCGACAUUUGACUGGAUUGACGAGCACUUGAAAGACAACAUUGAUUUUGUUAUAUGGACCGGAGAUUCGGCGCGACACGACGCCGACGAAUCAAAUACCCGCAGCGAAAAAGAUGUCAUAAGAAGCAACCGUAUCAUUGCCGACAAGUUCGCCAGCACUUUGUCAGAUAAAACCGGCCUCGCGAUACCCGUUAUACCCACGUUCGGCAACAAUGACAUCUUGCCACACAACAUCAUGGUCGGCGGACCAAGCAAAUGGCUAAAGCGAUACACUGAUAUAUGGAAACAUUUCAUUCCAGAAUCCCAGCGACACACUUUUGAGUUGGGCGGUUGGUUCUACACUGAAGUUGUUCCGAACAAACUGGCCGUCUUCAGCUUGAACACUCUUUACUUUUUUGACCGGAAUGCCGGCGUCGACGAUUGCGUCCACCCCUCGGAGCCCGGCUUCAAGCAGAUGGAAUGGUUGCGCAUACAGCUCCAGUUCUUGCGGAAUCGUGGCAUGAAGGCCAUCCUGAUGGGUCAUGUGCCGCCUGCGAGAACGUCAACCAAGGCGAACUGGGAUGAGACUUGCUGGCAGAAGUACACGCUUUGGUUGCAGCAAUACCGCGACGUCGUGGUGGGCUCACUAUAUGGCCAUAUGAAUAUCGACCACUUCUUCCUACAGGACACUAGGGAUAUCAACCUUAACUAUUUCGACACGAGCAGUGAAGAUUACAGUAUGUACGAGGAGACAAAGAAGAACCAUGACAAGAAGUCCAAGAUCCAUAUUGCGGAAGAUGCAAGCCAAGAUGGUUUUCGAUUACAGGGGCGUGCCGACUACCUCACAGAAUUGAGGAGUGACUGGGCUAAGCUACCCAGAGCUGCGUUACAUGCCAGCAGUGAUGACGACCUGGAGGCUGAGAAGAAGCACAAGAAACACAAGAAACCAAAGAAGCAUCCGCUCGGAGGGGAGCAUGCAGAGCGGUAUCAAUUAUCACUGGUCAGCCCUAGCAUCGUGCCUAACUACUUUCCGACUCUGCGGGUUUUCGAGUACAACAUUACUGGCCUGGAGGACUCCCCAACAUGGAGGGAUGCCAUUCGAGACAACAAGCCAGGGCAAGGCUUGGAUCUGGGCCUUGAUACCGCCGCUGAGCACAUCUUGCACGCCGAGGGCGAGUUGAGCGUCGAAGGAAAGAAAAAGAAGAAGGGCAAGAAAGGAAAGAAGCCCAAAGAUCCCUACUUGAUCGUCCCGGAACCACCUUCCAGCACGGCGCUCCCUGGUCCGGCAUAUUCUGCUCAGCCUCUUACUCUGAUGGGAUAUACGCAGUACUUCGCCAAUUUGACAUAUCUCAAUAAUGAUGCCCGCGACUUCGUGAAAGACGGGACGAAUACGCGGACUGAUGGUUGGAAUGAAGGCGUACAUAAAGGCAAGAAGCCUGGGCAUAAACCGCAUCCACAACCGUUCGCGUUUGAGGUCGAGUACAGCACUUUUAACGACACGAUCUACAAGCUCAAGGAUUUGACCGUCAGUAACUUGGUCAAACUGGCCUAUCGGAUUGGUCAAGUCAACGCGAAGUCCAGUGCAUCAUUCGACGAUCCGGAAGACGCCAAGGAGAUGGAUAUCCAGGAACCAGAAACUACCGACUUUAACGAAUAUGUCAGCGAUGAGCCCGCAGAUGAGGUUGACCUUGACAUUGACUCUGAUGCCACUACUGAGUCUGGCUUUUCUGGUCAUGAUGACAAUAUCGCCGAUAGCGAUGCCGGCGAGGAAGCCAACGCCGGGACUGAGUCGAAGGGUAAAAAGAAGAAGGGCAAAGGCAAAAAGAAGCACAAGAAGAACAAGGUUUGGCUUCACUUUCUCCGUCAUGCAUUUGUCUCCACAGUGCCCGACAAAGAGCUGAAGAAGGUGUAAUAUGCAUUACUCGGGCGUUUUGAACUUAUGGAUGCAUUUUCUGUGUGGGCUUGGAUGUAUUGGUUUAGUGGAGGAGUAAGUUGACAUGGCGAGAGAGAUUCGGGCAUCAGCAUGGCGUUCCGGAGUAACUUGACGACGAGGGUCUUUAUUUUGAGACACUAUCAUGUAGGCCAGCAUAGUUUCAUGGAGUUGG